UUCUCUUCUAUUUUGUUUUGUACCUGUCCGCCAAUGUUUUAUCAAAGUAUCUAAAACACUGCGCCCAAAAAGUGAUAAAUGUUUCUUGUAACAAUUGGGGUUAAUUUGAAGAUUUUGAUGGUUCAUGUUGUUUUAUUCCUUUAAUAGUGCUUUAAAAAUAGUAAAACGUAGUAUGAAUAAUAAACAAUUAAGCACCGCAUUCACAUUAAAAGUUCCGAGUUCAAUUUGUUCAACUUUCCCGCGGAUAUUUUUUUUUUUCAAUUUAUAGUCCGCAUUGUAUUAAGAGAUUAUUAAAUAAGUCAGCUGUAACCAAGCUGUAACAAUGAUCAAUUAGGACCCAAAUAUAACUCAAUUGUCAUCUUAUCUGUCAAUGUCAAAACAAAGAAUUGUAAUCGGAGCGUAGCUAAUGAGGAAAAAAACUAAAUAAUUAAUUGUUUUCCGCCUAAAAAUAGCUAUCAACAUGUAAUAUUACGAACCCACAGUGCGCAUAAAUCAUAAAAAUGGCGUUGAAUAUAGAUAGCUGCGACAGCUUGCCUCCUGACGAGGAGCCAAAACUGAAGUACGAUCGGAUGGGCAACGAUGUACAAAACAUUCUGUUGAAAGACGCAGUGAGCUGUAUUUGUGUGCAUACGAAAUUUAUAUGUUUAGGGACUCAGUGGGGUGUGAUUCACUUGUUGGACCAUGAAGGGAACACUGUGCCAUUAUCUCAAGAUGGUAAAGACAAGGAAUUGCAAGCUCAUGCGAUAGCUGUCAACAGGAUUUCAGUGGACUUGAACGGGGACUACAUCGCGAGCUGCUCGGACGACGGCAAGGUGCUGGUGUACGGGCUGUACACGGACGACAAUGCGCACAACUUGAACCUCGGGCGGGUGGUCAAGUCUGUGGCUUUGGAUCCUUAUUAUUUCAAGUCGGGGUCUGGCAGGAGGUUUCUCACGGGUGACACCAAACUGACGCUGUACGAGAAGACGUUCCUGAACCGACUGCGCAGCACCGUGCUCUGCGAGUGCGAGGGGCACGUGCAGGCCGUGGCCUGGCACGAGCGCUUCGUGGCGUGGGCCAGUGAGGUCGGAGUUCGAGUCUACGACCUGGUCGCACGCUGCUCCCUCGGCCUCAUACCCUGGGAGAAGACCAGCGUGGACUCCAUCGAGGACUACCGCUGCAACCUCCUCUGGUCCGCACCCAAGACCCUCAUGAUCGGCUGGGUGGACACCAUCAGGAUAUGCGUCAUUCGAAAACGAAGUCAAAUCGAACUCCAAACGAGAGACGAUACGGAAUACCUCGUCGAUCCUGUCUAUACUUUCCAAACGGACUAUUUUAUCAGUGGUUUAGGACCUUUGGAAAAUCAAUUAGUACUCCUAGGAGUACCUAAAGAAUGUGACGCGGAAACCAUGAAAGCGCAAAGACCGGUUUUAGCGGUCGCCGACUACAAAGACUGUGACUUCAGCGAAGUUUCAACGGAUAGUCUGAACAUAAGAGGCUAUGAGGAGUACUCCUGCAAUGAUUACUAUCUAGACAUGCUUAUAGAAGAGAAUAGAUUCUUCAUAGUGUCGCCUAAGGACAUAGUGAUUGCCAGUCCUUAUGAUAUUGAUGAUAGAGUCAACUGGCUAACGGAGCAUGGCCGGUAUGAGAAAGCCAUGAGUGUCUUAGAAGAAGUCGGAGGAAAAACGAAUAAAAAUUCAGUAAUGACGGUUGGCGUGCAGUACUUAGAUCACUUGAUGUCUAAACAUUUGUACAGUGAAGCGGCCAUAUUAUGCGCGAGGAUAUGCAAAAGUGAUAAAGCUCUGUGGGAAAAACAAAUCUUAAAAUUUGCUGAAGUCAAUCAGCUGAGAGCGGUUAGCGCUUACGUCCCUAAAACCCCUGAGAAGGCUCUCAGUUCUCAUCUCUAUGAGUUAAUCAUUUAUGAAUAUCUCAAAGUUGAUCCUCCUGGAUUCCUUAAGGUGGUCCAGGAGUGGAAUCCUGGGCUGUACAAGACGGGAAUAAUCGUCAAUGCUGUGCUGGAACACAUUUUUACGACCGAAGUCGAUAAGAAUAUAUAUUUAGAGGCACUGGCUUUGCUCUAUUGCCAUCAAAAGAAAUACGAUAAAGCUUUAACCACAUACUUAACACUCCGCCAUAAGGACGUGUUCACACUGAUAACAACCUACAAAAUGUAUAACGUCAUACACAAUAAGAUUUUAGAACUAAUGAUACUCGACUGUGAUAAAACUCUAUCUAUUCUUGUCAACUCUCGCGAUAAAAUACCCGUAGAAGUCGUUAAGAAACAAUUAGAAAACCACGAUAUGUAUCUCUUUAAAUACCUCGACGCAUACAGUAAGGUAGAACAGAACGGGAAAUAUCACGGAGAGCUAGUGAAGCUUUACGCUAAAUAUGCAAGCGCUAAAUUACUUCCAUUUCUUAAAAGCAGCGAUAACUACCCCAUAGAACAAGCACUAGAUAUCUGUCAAAGCAAUAAUUUCUACCCCGAAAUGGUUUUUCUACUCGGUCGGAUAGGCCGAACGCAGGAAGCCCUUCAGAUCAUAAUAGAAAAACUGAACGAUAUAAAUCAAGCGAUCACUUUCUGUCAGGAGCAUAACGACACAGAACUUUGGACGGACUUGAUAAAACAAACCGUUGACAAGCCGGAAUAUGUCUCUCUUCUACUAAAACGGAUAGGGAAUUACUUAGAUCCCCGGAUGCUAAUAGAAAAUAUUCAGCCCGGGUGCGAAAUUAAAGAUUUAAAGGAUUCCCUUGUGAAAAUGAUGUGCGAUUACCACUUACAGCUGUCCGUUCAAGAAGCUUGCAAGCCGAUAACUUUAAAAAACUAUUUUGAGUUGCAUGAGAAAUUAAUCUUUGGGCAGCAGAAAGGAAUUUCAGUGACGGAUGACUUCGUGUGCAGUAGCUGUCUAGGGAGGAUUAUAACGAGGGAUUUGUCGAAGGCGUCCGAUUUGAUAGUGUUUAACUGCAGGCACUCGUUCCAUAUAGAGUGUUUGAGGCAAGUGGCGCCAUCUCUGGACCAUUGCGCGGUGUGCAGCGCCAGCGCCGACGGCAGGCCGCUCGGAGACGCGGCCGCGGCCCACUGAACAAGUGGACACACCCCCGUAUGUCCGCUGCACAUAUUGGGCCAAAAUAAGCGCUAAGGGACGCGGUUAUGCGUUAGAGGAAGCAAGUGGUUUUUUUUCUGAAACCGGUUUUGCUCUAAUUUCGGCCGAUACGUGAUUUUAAUGCCGAAGGCUGCCGAAACCGAAGCUUCGGUCGAACACUUAUAGGAUUAUAGCCGCGUUCCUUAGAUUAGCCUGUUGGCCCAAUAUAUACUCGGUAUUAAACGUUCAGUUCGAGUACAUAACACACACAGCGUGCGAGAAAUACUAACACUGCAGAUGAGGGUGUUUAUCUCGAGCGCGACAUGUGUGAAAAUGUCACUUGUGCUAGCCCUGGUAUAAGGCGUCUGUCCCACCGCCGACGACGGAGUGACAUUUGCUCGCUCAAGAAAUCAACGUGAAGAUUUAGAUUCCAUGCAGAACGAUUGGACAAGAAAUAUAUAUAUAUAUAUAUACAGGAUGUAACAAACAUAGUGGGGAUCUGUCUAAGGGCAUAUUCGGUAUCGUGUUUUGUUUAGGAAACAGUAUAAGAAAAAAAUAUGUGCCUGUUUACAUAUUGAUGACUGUUUAGUACGAGUACGUACAUUUGCUACUAAACGUAAGUACUACCUCGGACGAUUGAUAUGUCACAGGUUUUUAUUGUUUGGUUGAAUUAAAUGUAAUGCCCGUGUUACAACAACGCUAUACGCAAGAUUUAAUUACUUUUUAUAAAAAAAAAGUAUGUCCGUAAACUUAUAUUACCUACUACUUUUCAAAAUUCGAAAUUAAUACAGAAGCAACCCUAGUGCGGCGGGCAAGUUAAGGUAUGUAUUUUCAAGAACGGCGGGAACGGACCUUCUGUUUAUUUUUUAUUUUGUGCUAGUAUAUAUACUAUUAUAGUAUAUACUAUUAUUUAUUCUGUGACACGAUACCGAAUAUGCCCUUAAACAGAUCCCCACUAUUUUUGUUACACCUUGUAUUAUUCGUUGUUCGCUUACUGUUCAGUUCACACUGCGGGAACUUACCUCUUCAGUGCUUUCGAAACAAAAACUCGUUAAGUAUCGGCGGUGUGACAACUGCCUAAAAAUGGUAAAUGGAAUUACCCACUGAGUGAACACUAUUGGCUACCAGCAAGUCAUUCAAGCUCAACCCUAGGUAGGACUGCAUAUUCCAAAUGUAUUCAUAUUUUUUCAUGUAAAAUUAGGUUUAUUUUGUACUAGAACUCAAUUAUAGUCUGUCAAGCAAAGUAUGUCAGUAGCAAUGUACAGCAAAGGGAAGUAGAGCAACACUCAAAAAGCAGUAUUGCGUUAAGAAAAGCAGCAAUGUACAUCGAACCAAAAUAUGUAACUAUCAUAACCUCAAAUUUUACAAAUAUUUACGAUCAACGAGCGUGAUUGUAUAUUGUGUGCACUUUGACUUGGCUUAAGUUCAUGCACAAGCUUAUUUAAUAUUACGGCAGAAAUUUCUCUUGAAAUAGCAACGAUUCAGAAUUAUGGAGUGUGGAAUUAAGAGGAGUGACAUCUCUUAUGAUAGAACUGUUGCAAAAGUGUCCAGCUGUCAGCUGUAAAUAAUAGUUCCAAAUCUCUCUAGAGUAGCGCUAGAGUAGCUAAGAUCCUAGGCGCUAUUGACGGAGUGAAGUGCGUUGUCUAUGAUUUGAUUUUUUUAUUCAAGUAUUCUAGGUAUUGUAGCGCCACCCAUUUAAGGUUUUUAGAUGACACUUUUUGGUACAUGGAGAUUUAUUUCCUUACCUCCACCUUCCGUAUUCAGAAUGUAAACAAACAUGAUGGCUGUCAUUCACUAUCCACAUUCCACAGAUAAAAUACAGAUGACACGCGAUUUUGGAAUUAUUCGAAAACAAGUGUUGCUAGCCCGCGAUUUUUAAAAUUUGCCGCCUUUUGCUACUGACAAGAUUUGCUUGACCGAGUAUAUAAACUAUGUACGGUCGCCUUGAAUAAUUGCCACGAUUUCUAAAACUUGGGCUGUGCCCCUCGUUUAUGUGAAUGUAUGUACUUACACCUACGCUAAUCCACAUUACACGGUGUUUUUUACAAGCUGUUCUUUAACUUGCCCUUUUGGUAUACGUUAGCAAAGAGAAUUUGAAAUAGAGGUGAAUUGUCAAAUAAAACUUUGAGGCCAUAGUAAAUUUACUGCCAUCUUUCAACACAUGAUUAAAACUUUUAGAACGCUAUUUGACUUUGAUCCUUAUUCUUUCACUGAUUUGAGUUAAAGUUAAAUAUCAAAAGGUGGCGCCAUCUACUAGAUCAUAGGUCAUGGCGCCAUUGCUAGAAACGAUGCCGCCAUACCUUUGGCCUAUGCUCUACUUAGAUAGUGUUAUUUUUUGAUAUUUAACAAAUUUAACUCAUAUGUGAAAGAAUAAGGAUCAAAGUCAAAUGGAGUUCUAAAAGUUUUAAUCAUGUGUCGAAAGAUAGCAGUAAAUUUGCUGUGGCUACAACAUUUACUUUGACAAUCCACCUCUAUUUCAAAUUCUCUUUGACGUUAACGUGGGUCAAAUCUUGGAAGCUAAAUUUUACCCACUUCCCGAUUUCGUAUUGUAAGUCGGGUGACAAUGCAAUAUCAUGGUACCAUCAAGCUGAUCUGAUGAUGGAGACAGAAGGUGGGCAUAGGAACUCUGUGAUGAAACAACGCUACCUAAUUGUGUUUGGGGUUGUUAGAACUGUCUCGAUGAGUAUUAGUUACCUGUAGAAAAGUACAGUCAGCGAUAAAAGCUUGUACGAAAAAUUGAUUUUCUGACUAAAAGCGGUAUGGCUAAGUAUAUUUAAGGAAACUGAAUAGUAUACUUUUUAUUUUGUUUUUAUUCUUCGUAAAAAGUAAUUGUUGUUGCAACCACGGACAUAUCCAUUAAACAAUUUAUGUAUUUUAAUAAAUCGUACAGUCACGUCUGAAAAUAUGGAUACAGACGAAGUGCCAAAUAUAUGUGUACUCGACCUUAUGGCCCAUAAAUUAAGGUGUAUACAUAUUUUUGGCACUUUGUCGUCUGUUAUUAUAUUUUCAGAGGUGACCGUAUGUCAAACAUAUUGCAAAAAUAGAAACAAUAUAUUUAUAUUAAUCGCUUCUAUUUUACUAGCAGCGAGGCUCUCGUUUCGAAUAGUGCAGGGCAGCAGAGCAUUACUCGUGAAAACUAUACAUUUCGACGUCGACUCGGAAACGCACCGCAAUUGCAAAAAUCCCAAUACAAUAUAUGCCCCUCUGCUGCGUCUGCCACACACACACCCCCUAGUCCUCCGACGAUAUCAACUU